GUUGCUAAGGUAUAAAAAAGGAAAAAUAACAGUUUUUUUUUUUUUAAACCUGCUUUUCUGCUACAUAAAUUAUUGUCUCUCUCUGCUGUUUUCUAAUUGGUUUUCACAUUCAUUUGUGUUUGCCUUAUCCUUUUCUUCCUUCUCAACUGUUUUCCAAAUUGGGCUAAGUUUUCAAGUUAAGCUGCAGAAAGAAAAAAACCAUUUUCUCACUAAAAAAAUCAUUUUUUUUGUUGCUAUACUUAAAAUUAUAAGCAAUUUAUAGUUUUUUUAUUUUUCGGGUUACUGCUAUUUUUCUCAAUUGAAGUUAAUUGAUUUGAGAUCUUAAAAGGGUUUUAAGUAUUUUUCUUCUAAGACCAAUUAGAUAAGAGAUAAUAAUUUUCUUUAAAUUUGGUAAAUUUUCUCUCAUUUUUUUGAUCAAGUGGGUCUUUUCAAGAUUCUUUAGUAGUUAUUAGUGAUGAGUUUUCUCACUCAUAAAAAAAGGGUAUUCUGAUUCCUUUCAAAAAAUUCUGCUUUAUCUUCCUCUGUUUUCCUCUGUUUUGUUCUGUUUUGCUCUGUUUCCUUCAUCAAAUUUUAGACUUUUCAUUGAAUUUUUUGGGCUUAGAACCAUAAAUCAAGGUGAAUUGUCUCAACUUUGAUUCUAUAAAACAAUAGUUUGAUCUUUUAAAAACCUGAUAAGAUGAAGUGGGAAAUGGAAGUUCUACCUCCUGCAUCAUACACACAAAACUCCAAUUGGUGUAUGGAAGAUAACAUGGCCACAAACUGGACUCCAGAAGAGAACAAACUAUUUGAAAAUGCUCUUGCAGUUCAUGAUAAAGAUACGCCGGAUCGAUGGCAUAAAGUAGCUGAAAUGAUACCAGGAAAGACGGUCGGUGAUGUGAUGAGACAAUAUAAGGAAUUAGAAGAUGAUGUUUGUAAUAUAGAAGCUGGGUUGAUUCCAGUUCCUGGUUAUAACACUCCUACUUUACCCUUUACCUUAGAUUGGGUGAACAGUUCAGGUUAUGAUGAAUUCAGAGGAAGUGGAAAGAGAUCUUCUUUAGUUAGAGCUCCUGAGCAGGAAAGGAAGAAAGGAGUGCCAUGGACUGAAGAGGAACACAAAUUAUUUCUACUAGGCCUAAAGAAGUAUGGCAAAGGUGAUUGGAGAAAUAUUUCGCGCAAUUUCGUCAUCACGAGAACACCAACUCAAGUAGCAAGCCAUGCUCAAAAGUAUUUCAUAAGACAACUUUCAGGAGGAAAAGACAAGAGGAGAGCAAGCAUACAUGACAUAACAACAGUUAAUCUUUCAGAAAAAAUUGGAACUUGUUCUUCAGAAGACACCAGUAAUAGAUCCACUUCACCACAAAAUUCUAUCUUACUUUCACACCAGCAGCAGCAACAACAAACUUCGACUGCGACAAAUUUUCGUUGGAGGAAUAAUCAACAAAAUGCUAUGGCUUUCAAUCCAACUCAUGAACAAGUUUUCAUGGAUCCUCAUGGUUUUAACUCCUAUGAGGUUAAAAUGCAAGACCAAAAUCUUCAUAAAGGUCUUGUUCAUGAGUCUUCUUAUCCACAUAACAUGGUUUUCCAAAUGCAACAUUCAUCACAACAUUAUUCACAUGCAUAAAGGAUCAUUGUAGUGAAUUCUUAAACUCAAUAUUGCUUCGAGUGUCUGAAUUUUCCCAAGGUCUCAGUGAUUAUGCAAGAAAGAAGUAGGAUCUCACUGUUAUGGUGGAUUGAGGGUAGGGCGCGUUGAUGGUGCAUAAUGAUGAGAGUGUACCUGCACGCACUUUAACACUCAAGUCAGUAUAAUGAUUGAGGUGGAUGAGAAGCUGAGAAUGAGUCAUACCUUGAUUGACGAUGAUCUAAGACUUAUAUAGUCCGAAGAGGUAAUAUUUGGCUUGGGUCAGACCAAAAGUCCACUCAAAAACAUAUGUUAAAAUUUUGGUUUAAUUCUUGGCAUACCAACUUAUAGGAAGGUACACAUUUGCUUUUAUGUAACAAAUAAAAACUUUAUGAGAGGAGAAAGCCGCAAUGUCAAUAAGUCCAUAGUGUUGAUUUUUGGGUGAUUAUGAUGUUAAAUAAUAAUUGAUUUCUAGUGAAGUUUAUUAUGGAAUUUCAACUUAAUACAUGCACUUUGAAAUUUAAAACUAGCGAGGCAUACAUGAGAGUGAAAGCAUAAUUUGAUAUGGACAUGUACUUCAAAUCCUAUUCUUGUAUAUUGCAAGCAAAACAAUGUCAUAUUCAAAUUUUGUUUGUUAAAUUAAUCAUUGAGAAUACAUGAGAUCUUCUUUUA